UGGCCAAAGUUCCUUGCAGUUUCUUCUUAUAAGCCUCGGAUCUCGGCGAGGUCCUUCCUUUCUAGCAGAAAGUCCUCGGUGCUGCCUGCAGGCAUGUGUCGGGCACGGCUGGUCGUGUGGCUGGCGGGGCUGGCAUUCACUGCUGCGGUUAUCCCAGUGGAAGAAGAGAAACCGUCGUUCUGGAAUGAACUGGCCGAUAAAGCCAUUCGGAAAGCCAGCCGGUUACAAUACCGCAACUAUCAGGCCAAGAACCUCAUCCUCUUCCUUGGAGACGGGAUGGGCGUUCCCACCAUCACGGCCACCCGCAUCCUGAAGGGGCACCUGCAGAAUCCGCCAUCUCCCGAAUCCCCGCUAAGCAUGGACUCUUUUCCGUACGUGGCGCUUUCCAAGACCUACAAUGUGGACCGGCAAGUGUCCGAUAGCGCAGGAACAGCCACUGCCUACCUCUGUGGGGUGAAGGGCAACUAUGGGACCAUUGGACUGAGUGCCGCUGCCCGGUACAAUCAGUGCAACACAACAGCUGGCAACGAAGUCGUAUCAGUCCUGAAGCGGGCUCAGCUGGCUGGAAAGUCCGUGGGGAUUGUGACCACCACGCGAGUCCAGCACGCCUCCCCAGCGGGGAAUUACGCCCAUGUGGUGAACCGGAACUGGUAUAGCGACGCCAGCCUGCCCCAAUCGGCACUGGCGGGAGGCUGCAAGGACAUUGCCCUGCAACUCCUCGAAAACGUGGACCUCACGGUGGUCCUGGGUGGGGGCAGGAAAUACAUGACCCCUCAAGGCACCCCAGACCCCGAGUACCCCACCCAAAACUCAACCAGAGGGGUUCGGAGAGAUAACAGGAACCUGAUUGAGGAAUGGCUCCGAGCUUCACCGGGUAAAAAGUACGUUUGGAAUCGAAUUGACCUCUUGCAAGCCGCCAGUGACCCGAAAGUUGACCGUCUUAUGGGCCUCUUUGAACCUUCAGACAUGAAAUAUGAGCUUUACCGAGACAACAGCACUGACCCAUCGCUGGCCGAGAUGACCGAAGUGGCUAUCAAACUCCUCAGUUCCAAUCCAAAAGGCUUCUAUCUCUUUGUGGAAGGAGGCAGAAUAGACCACGGACACCACGAUGGUGUUGCGAAGCGAGCCCUGACAGAAGCUAUUGAGUUUGACAAAGCCAUCGAACGAGCCGGGGAGUUGACGAGGGAAGACGACACGUUGACCGUUGUGACCGCUGACCACUCUCACGUCUUUAGCUUUGGAGGCUACACCCUCCGGGGAACCUCCAUUUUUGGUUUGGCACCCGGAAAGGGGAUAGAUGGCAAGGCAUACACCUCCAUCGUUUAUGGCAACGGGCCAGGCUACCAGAUCACCGACAAAGGCCGUCCGGACGUGACCUUGGAAGAAAGUGAGAACGACACCUACCACCAGCAGGCCGCCGUACCCCUCGCCUCAGAGACCCAUGGAGGGGAGGAUGUGGCCAUCAUGGCCAAAGGACCAAUGGCCCACCUCUUCCACGGAGUGCAGGAACAAUCCUACAUUGCUCAUGUCAUGGCCUACGCCAGCGGCCUGGAGCCCUACAACUUACGCAACUAUUACAGUCAGACAUCCGCAGCUGCACCCAAGGCCAGCCUGGCGGGUCUCCUCCUGGUUCCCCUGUUCCUCUGGAUCUGCUAGGCCUCCCCUGGGGCAUUCUGGGUACCUCCAUCUGAAUUUAGAGUGUGAUUCAAGACGAGGCAGAUGUCAAUGCUGCUAACAUCAGAUGUUCUUGCUUUGACAAUAGAUGGAAAUGUAGCCAUCUUUUCCCUUUCGCUUUUAGAGUUAGUUGAUGCUGGGAGGGGGGAUAUGGAUGAGAGUCGGAGCUGUGCUACUGCAAAAGAACCAGAUUGAGACCCUACAGCCCUGCACCUACACCUCGAAAAAAUUCACUGACUGCGAGAGGAGGUGGGCUGUGUGGGAAAAGGAAGCUUUCGCAAUCCGCUGGGCUCUAUUAAACUGGCGACACUAUCUAGAAGGCA